AUGUCGUCGUCUCUAAUGAAAUCCACUACUCUACCUUGGGAUAUGUUAUUUGAAAUAUUUAGUCGAACAUCUUUAAAGACUCUUGGAAGAUGCAGAUUAGCAUCAAAAGAUUUGAACUUGAUUAGUUACUACAUAAGUUUCAUGCAAGCAUUUCAUCAAAGAACAAAAACAAUAUCUGGGUUUUUCAUACAAGCUUCAUACAUUCGAAAUAUCAAGUGCCAGUUUGUCUCUAUUACGAAUUCUCCAACUUAUGAUUCUACAGUAUGCCUAAAAUUUUUGCCUGGUCUUGUCAAAAUACAAGCAAUUACCAAACAAGGCAUCUUAUUAUGUGUCAAUGAAGACAACCCAAGAAGACAUCGAAUACUGAAUAUUAUAUCUGCAAACCUUGCACCAAAGAAUGUCCGGUUUUCUAAACCCAAGUCUAUAUGCACAAAUUACAAGUCCAAAUCAUACAAUACUCUUCAAUGUGAAUUAUUUUCUUCGGAAACAUGGACUUGGAAACGAUUGACAAAUGUUUUGUUACCAUGGGAUGAAGACUUAAGUUGGGAACCUGCUGUUUCUGUAUGUGGUGCACUUCAUUGGCUAAUGACUAACAAUGAGAUCUUUGCAUUUGAUGAUACAGAGAGCUGGAAAAUAUUAUAUCUCCCUUCUCCUCUGUGCCAAAAACAUUACUACAGAAAGAUUAAGAUCAUGGACUACAGUGGCCACCUUGCGUUUCUUUACAUGGAAAAGAGUUUUAUGGAACUUUGGGUAAUGGAAGAUUAUGACAAAAACAUAUGGAUUAAAAGACAAAAUAUAAGCAUUAAAACCAUUCAAGAAGUAGAACACUACACUUCUCCCUUGAUUUUUGACAGUUCUGAUGUUGUAAUCAUGAAGAGUUUUGACAACAUAAUUUUAUACAACUUUAAAAGUUAUAGAUACAAUGUAUGCAAGACGGGGAUUGACUUCAAACGUACAGAUGAAAAUUUUCUCUUCCGAUCUGACUUAAAACUGAUUCAUUUGAAGAAUUUUUGGAAGAAGCAACAGUUAUGCAGAGUCAUCGGUUGUUCGGAAGUCAAUGGUUUCUGGCAAUUGUUGCAAGCGUUGGGGAUCAUGCACCUGUUCGGGAGCUACUCCCUUACCCGGUAUCGCUUCUCGCAUUACUUGAAAUCAUCGUCCUCUUCCACGGAUAACGCUAGGAGUCCUCACCAUGAAGGGGCGUAA